AUGCAUCCCAUAUCCUCCUCUUCAACACCGGGCCCUGAUUCGGUUUUCGUCCGACACGAUGCCAGCCCAGGCGAUGUCGUCAUCCGUAUUGACGACAGGCUCGACUUGAAAACCAUCUCUGGGCGCGACGACCACAUGCCAUUUUUGCAAUCAGCCGAUGGAAUGAAGAUCACAGCAUAUGUCGCCGGCAGCGAAGUACCUCUUAGUGUCGCCCAAUCGGCCGGUGCACUCACGAUCAACUACGUACCGCGCUACUUUUGGCGCGGCCAGCCUGGGAGCGCGUCUACCCAUUACGCGAACAUUUACGCACCCGAGGACAACGCGGGCAGUUCUGCCAUCUACUCCGGCGUACCGCCAUUCUAUCCUACGGGCCCCAGUCAAGGGCAAGAUUCUGUAUCCGGAGAAAAGAAGGGCGACGAACAGGCCCGGUAUAACCAGGACAACGAAUGGCAACGGCCGGCGUCGACGCUCAGCCUGCCCAUCGGUGACCUGGCCAUGUGCUACUUUGCGUCCAACUUUGUGCUCAUCCCGCGGCGGCCCUUUGGCGGCAGCUUCUUUGAAUUUAUCGUGCCCGUCCUCCAAGGGCAGCCCCCAGAUAGUUCUGUCCAGUAUGCACUGCGUGCGUGCGCAUUUUCAGCGCUGGGCAAUCGCUGGGUCAGCGAUACGGUUGACUUUCACGCCAUAGGCAUCAGUCAGUAUACGGCGGCUCUGGCGAAGACGACUCAGAACCUGAAAAACCCACGGCUCAGGACGACGGACGCGACAUUGGCGACGGUGCUCCUGAUGGGGCUUUUCGAGAGCAUCACGGCAAAGAAGGAAAUGUUUGCGUGGCGCUCGCAUAUUGAAGGCGCUGUGCAAAUUGUACAGAGUCGGGGCCCGGGCAGGAUCCGCACGCGUGUUGAGAAGCUGCUCUUCAAUUCGGUCCGCAUGCAACUAAUCUACCAUACGAUGACGGCCGAUUCGCCCCCGACGUGGAACAUCAACUGGUGGUCUGGCGAGAACAUUCUCGACUCGGCCACGCUCCGCUCCCAGCGCUUCCUCAUGGAAACGGCCCAGAUUCGCCGCGAGCUGGACCGCUACGUCAAAGCGUCCGCGGGCCAACAGGCCAUUUCCCACAAGGAACUCAGCAUGUACAUGCUGCGCGUCAGGGCCAUCGACAGCGAGAUGGCCGCGUUCCUCGCCUCCUUACCCCACGAGUGCAAGCCCUAUACCCGCGCCCUGGCCGGCGACGUACCGGACGGAGACUACGAGAAUGCCGAGGCGUAUCCCGGCCGCGUUGACAUGUACCCGGACAUUAGCAUGGCCACAGUCUGGGUCGGCAUCCGCUCGUGCCGUCUUGUCAUGUCGUGUUCCAUUGUGCGCUGUCUCGCCCUCACGUGUCCGCCCGGUACCGAUUACCGCACGCUGCCCGAGUGCAUCGAGGAGACACGUCGAUGCAAAGGUCUCGUGGACGAUGUUGUCGCCGCCGUGCCUUACUUUUUGGGAUCGGUGCCGUCCAUGCCACCAAUAUCGAAUUCGCGGCAAGGGACGGUUCCGCAGCUUGGCCCGACCUCGGCUUCGGCGGCCACGUCUGGCUUUGCCUGCGGUGACGACCACGGCCAUGGCAUGCCCAAAGUCCUGGCGGCCUACCUGCUCAUCUGGCCGCUGGCCGGUGCCUACACACACGACUGUGCCACGCCGACCCAGCGCCUCUAUAUGGCCGGCCGCUUCAAGUAUAUGGGCAAUGUCCUGGGCCUGCGGUACGCGCUCUUGUGUGUCGAGACGCCCUUCCGGUUCCCAUCGAUGUUUAUGUACCGAGACCGGUUGAUUGUCACCGGUUCGCCAGCCAACAGCCCGCCCUCGGACGGGGCAUCCACCGCCAGCAGCCUGCCAUACAUAGGACUGGGCCGAAGCCCGGCCAACUUCCGGGCAAGCCCAGAACGAUAG